AUGUUACGCACUACAGAUGACUGCUGGAUAACACUGGACGCGAAAAAACACUUCGAGGACAUGGAAGAACUGGAAAGUACAUAUAAAAGUGAAGCAGAGUUAUGUUCCGAAAAAACUGCUGAUAAAACAGCCAAGUUUGAUGAAGAAACAAUUGAACGAAUGCUCUCCUCCCGCGCUAGGCUUGAGGGAAAAGGUUCAGUAUACGAAGAAAUUCCAGCCGGUCUCAAUCUUGGCGGAUACAGCAUUAUAAGAAUGCCCAAAUCCUUACUGAUACUUUUAAAGAAUGUGAAAUAUUCAGUGGAAGGUAGACUACGCUAUUUGUAUGACAGCCCUUACAUUGUUUUAAUGGUGUCAUCCCUAAGCUUCGAGAGAGCUUUAUUGAUGGAAAUAGCUUUAAAACAAGGCAGAUUACGAGGUUUGGACUCCAUAUACCGUCGUUCAGUAGCCACUGGCACUCACGUUGGUAAAAUUCGCACUGUUGAUGCUGUUGUGGGUUUCAGCAACUUGAAGAUAACUGUCACCAUACAAAACCUGAUCCUGAUCAAAAUCACUACUUACUUGAACAUAGUAGACUUCAACGAACACUUAAAAAAACUAGUCAAGCUUUUCUUAAGUAUUAUAUGGCUCAGUUACACUGGUCGAUGACAUCCACAUCUUGGCGAUUUCUAUUCUUCGCUUGCAGUGGGCGGCCAUUGUUUUAUUGACCACCUAGCUAUUGCUCCGCGACUUCGCUCGCCUAAAUUAUCCCAUAGGUUAAAAAAUGUUUAUGAUCCGGACAGUAUUUCCGAAGGUUACCCCUUAAAAACAAAGUUAGAAACUUUACUUAGUAUAAAUAAGGUGACCGCCCAAAAGUCGUCCGCACAACACGUGCUGCAUUCAAUUUUCGCUAAUGUUUAUGUAACAAUCUCAUCUCAGUAGAAAAUCAACGACUUACAUUUACCUAAAGGCCAAUAUUAUUAGUGAACUGUCUUCCUCACACAUCAAUGGUAACAGAUAUAAAAUAAUAUCGUACCUACAAGUAGAUAGCACAACGGUAAAAUGUAAGUUGUUAAGAUUCUAUUGAGAUGAAAUUAUUAUGUAAAUAUUCGCAGUAUUGCACAAACUCACCUCACAGCCGGUUUAGACACCUAACUAAAAUAGUAAAUGCUACCGGCUCCUCGCUGUGGUCCAAUAAAUGAUUUUUUCAAGUUAGUGUUAAAAAAUGCAAGACAUAAAAUAAUCAUAAAUAAUGACUAAAAUAUGAGUUUAGUUUACAAACAAACAAAUCUCAAGUUUCUUUUGUUUGGGGGUGGGGGGUGUGUAAAAUUGCUACCGGCCUCAUCAUCAUCAUCAUCAGCCCUUUUACGGUUCAGGCCUUCCUUAUGGAUGAUUAAGAAGGAUGGGCCACAACCCUCCACGUUGGCCCAAUACGGAUUGGAAGGUAUUAACGACUGCAAAAACAGCCGGGACCAACGGCUUAACUUGCCUUUCGAAGCUCGGAGUAGCUUGAGAUAAUAAUUUUUUGGUCACCCAUCCCGUGACCGACCCUUGCGAAAGUUGCUUAACGACAACGAUCGCGGGCCGCGGCGCUUAUCCACUACGCCACCGAGCUACCGGCCCCGCCUUAACUUAAUUCAGCACUGCACUAACUGAGUGUCAUUUCUUGCAAUGUUACCGGGCACUAAUUGCAGAAAAAUAUUAUCCAUUUAGAAGCCCAUAUAUACUUAUAAAUAACUAUUUUCAGAGCCGUCGUUUAUCGGAUAUAAUGAAUACGAUGACCUGGACACGGAUGGAAAUGCAGAAAUCGAAGGAGGGGGGAAAGCAGAUUAUGUCAUCAAUAAAGAAGACAGUGUUGAAGUUGAACUAUCACCAAAAGAUAAAUACCACAUGAAAUUAAAAGAAACUUUGCUUGUCGAAAAACUAAACUAAAUAUACUUAAAUAUUUAAUAAAUAAAUAAGUACAUUUACAUGGAAACAUUAAAAUUUUUCCUUGCGAUGUAUUAAAUAAACAAUAAGAAAAUAAUGUACAAUAAGCAUAAGUACAAAAGAAGAUUACAGUUUUCAUUGUUGAAUAAUAAUAAUGGUGCCAAUUCUAUCGUAUCUUCCACUAAACUUUGUCUUUAGUUUUAGACUAGAUGAUAUAAAAUAAAUAAACUUAACUCCAUAUUUAAUAAACAAACACCUCGUGAAAGUAGUUUGUUAAAAAUCAUAUACUGAUUCAAUUGCAGCAACUUCUAAUAUAGGUAUUUUCUUUCUAAAUUUCAUUGAAAUCAAAUAAAUUAUGGUAACCUGGGUACAGGUGACCAUAAUUCAAGCAACGUACAGCCAUCACAAACAAAAUAUAAAUUUUAAUUAAUAUAAUAAGGCCUUUUAAAAUGCACUAUAUUCUUAGCUUGUAAUAAAAUACAACAUAGUAAAAAACAAAGAAAAAUGAGAUUUCAUUUAAUGUGCUUUGAGUUUAAAAUGCUCUUAAACGCUAUGAUGUACAAGUUCAUAAACCAAAGAGUAGAAUAAUACAUAAAGAAAUAGAAUAAUAAUAUUAC